AUGGCGGACCAGGACGUCAGCUUCAACGACACGAAGUACGUGUCCGUGUGCACCCAGAUCCCCGUGGCGUCGCUGUUCAGCGGCUCGGGGCGGGAUGCCUACCAACCGGAGACGAAGACCUACCUCGAAGAUGUUGCCGAAGACAAAGCAACUGCUGGACUUGUCAUGGCCUCGAUCUGCCUCUUGUUCGCUUUGGCGAUGCUCAUAUGGAGCUGUGUGCUGUGCUGCAUAAGGCCUCGAGUGUCGGAUGAGUCGGAACUGGAGAAGGUCAGGCAGGCACAAAGCAGGACUGGAAAGUGUGCGGCGUUCAUGCUAGUUACGUUGGUCAUCGCCCACACCCUUGUCGUAAUCGGGAUGGCUGCAUGGGGAAUAUACGAAACAGAGGACAAGGUCAAUGUUGUCGUCACCAGAAGCUUCCGCCUGGUCAACAGCACUGAGAACGAGUUGGAUCAGAUUCACCAAAACCUGUCAACCGUGAUUGACAAGACAGAAUCUGUCGUGACCCAGCUUGAGCAGCUGGCGUCGACAAGCACCGUCGAGCUCGUGUCGCCAGACACCAUUGAGCUGGCCUCCGACGCGCUGAAAUUGGCCAAGGACGUUCGUGCCAAUAACCUGGAGGUGUACCUCGACAAGGCCAGGGAGGUUCAGGGCUACGAGGACGAGGCCGGCGACGCCCAGAAGGCCUUCCGCGCAGUCCUCAUCACAAGCUUCGUUCUCAUGAUCGUGGUGGCCUCCCUCGUGUGCCUCUUCGUGGUGUGCCUGGCGUCGCCCUGGGGAACCCUGGCCGUGAUGAUCUUCAUGUGGCUCCUGCUCUUCGUGAUUUUCAGCUUCGGUGUCGGCUUUGGCACCAUGGCCCGGGAGAUAACAGAAGACACGUGCCUGUACAUGGACGAAUAUGCGAUCGCGCGGGUGGAGAACGCCGUAUCAGCGGACUUUCGGCGCAGGGUCGAGCCCCUCCUUAAGUACUACUUUCUGGCGCCGAGCGCCAAGAACAGGUCGGUGGAGGAGUUGCAGGUGCUGUGGGAUCUGCCGCUCGAGGACUUCGAGGAGGCGUUGGACCAGGCUGAAGAGGACCUCGGGGCGGCCAUCCCGCAAAUCACGGACGCCCGUGGGGCGCUGGCCUUCGUCCGCACGAUCAUCGCUGGCGCCGCGUGGCGGGUCCUGCACGCCGACCUCGUCGACCUCGUGUGCUGCACCGUGUACGACGCCGUGGACUCGAUAUGGAUCGCCUACGUAACCUCUGCCGCGGCGUCGUUCAUCCUGGCGGCCAUCGGCACGAUUCAGGUAAUCAAGGCAGUCUGGAUGAGCAGGCCUCCCACUGUGCCGGCGGUGCCCACCACCGCCAAGCCAUACUACUCAACGGGGAAGGGCUAUUCAGCCGGUUCAAAGUACUGA